GGCGGCGGUGGCUGUGUCGGCGCCAGUGACGCUUUUUCCUAGCUGCCCCUAGCCCGCGCCGGCUGCUGGGGAUCGCAGGGCCGGGGCUGGGCCGCGGGUGCGGCAGCGCGGGGAGGCGACGCCGGAGCCAUGGGCCCAGCCAGGCUCCGCCCGCCACCGGCCCCUCAGCUCCUGCUGUUGCUCCUGUUCCCGCUCGGCUUCCCGAGGGCCCUGUGGGGAGAAGUUGCUUUUCUCCCGCCUUUUGUUCAAAUGUCGGACACUUCGGUGAGCGUGGUCUUGGUCGGAGACACCGGCGACGUCGAUGUGACUCUCGCCGUGUUGGAUGAUGAGCAGGGAAUUCUGCCUGUUCCUGAUUGUGGAUUGCAGAAUAACGGAACAAGCAAUUGGAGUCUGACUGUGACUCCCGAUGUGAGGGGCUCAGAAGUGACCGUGAGUUUGAAUGGUGAUGUCCAGUCCUGUGCCCCUGAGACGGAUUUCUUCUCUGACUUUCCCUGUUUUGUGGAAACCCUCCUGGUGUCUGCAUCCCGCAACACAUCCUGUUUGGCGCACUUGCUCAUUCAAGUGGAAAUCUACCCAAAUGCUUCCUUUGCCCAGAACAUUCCAGGUGUGAACAGUUUUGCAGCCAGUGAGAAAGAGAGCAGAUCAAGGAAAAAGUCGAAAAGAAAGAAAUUAGACAGCAACAUCUCCUUAUCUAACCUGGUGUAUCAGCCCUUCGGCUCCUGUCCUUGUAACUUGGCCAUUGGGAUCUGUGAUGUCCGGUGCUGCUGUGAUGAGGAGUGCACACCCAGCUUUUUGGACCUGUUCAGAGAUUACUGCUUCCCAGGAGUUUUUGGUGGAAAUGUCAAUCCACCUUUUGACCAGCUGUGCUCUACCCCUGUGACAGACAGGUCACCAGAUUGGUUUCCCUUCUUGUGUAUUCACUCUUCCAUGGACAACUCUCCUUUCCUUGGUUAUUUUUACCAUGGCUCCACGGUUUUCAGGGAAGAGUCCAACUUCCAAGGAUCUAUCCCUAGCGACGUGAAGGACUGGUCGGAUUUUGGCUAUCUGCAAGACAGUCCACUGAUGACGCUGGAGAAAACCACUUUCACCAUCCCCCAGGUGUCCAUUCUGGGGCAGUGUGUUCGCCAGGCCCCUGUGGCCUUCCUUCAGAAUUUUGAUGUGAAGUGUAUUAUUAACUUGGCAACAUAUCAUCAAGAGUGGGAAGAUAUUAGUAAAAUGAAGAUAAAAAAUGGUAGCAUUGGAGGCUUUGUCGUACCCCAAGUGACCUAUGAAGAGUCAACUGCCUUAAACAGAUUCAUCUAUGACACAGAAGAAUUUCUUAAACCGGAGCCAAAAUUCAAAUUUGUGAACUUGGAAGAGCAUUAUAUUUUCAGAUGGAAAGAGAAAACGAUCACCAAACUUGAUGUCAAAAUCCUUCGGGCAAAAAUUCAUCCAGACCAGCAAGGAGUGUUGUCACAGAGAUUUAAAGUGCAAUUUUUAGAUUAUGAUGGUCCAGAAAUCCCCAAACGAUCUGGAAAUCCAGGUUACCUAAUAGGCAAGCCUGUGAGAGCCAUAAAUGCUGAAAAUGCCGAAAAUGACAAAAAUUUUGAUGGAAUCACCACUCUCAACAUCUGGCAGCCGGUUGGCAGGGGUCUGUGCUCGGAAGCAGAAACCACCCCGGUUUUAUUUAGAGUAAAUGCUGCAUCGGAAUGCCUCUUGGAAUUCAGCAUGCAGGAAAACUGUACCCAGCUCAGGGAAGUUGUUAUUAACCACUUUAAGUCAUUAGUACAAGUUACCCACGUGGCCAAGCAAGGCAACUCUGAAUAUAAGGACCUUCAUGAAACUUGGACGAAAAUACUAUGGAGAGAUCCGCCUGUACCAGGGGACAGUCUCCAUCUUCGAGACAUAAAAGGUAUCUGCCUUGAUGUUCCUGGUGUGAUGACUAUCCGCUUCAUUAUUUCUGAAGGUGGUCUUUUGGAAGGGACUUUAGUGGAAGAGAUCAUUGCUUCAGAGGUCAGCUUUUCUUCUGUCACCUGGCAAUUUCAGUGUGGGUUCACCUGUGAAGAUAAGCCUCAUCUUUUCCCUAUCAGCGUCUCUGUCCAGUUUAUUAAAGUACCUUAUAAACCAGUCAAGCCGCUGACAAGUUUCCAGAUCAAUCACACAAGCAGUGACUGCACCAAGAACGAAGUUUGCUGGUCAGAGCUUUUUUAUCCCCUGACGGAGAAUUAUCAAGGAGAGUCCAGGUUCUCAUGUUUUGGGAAGACCUUGAUGCUGGCCUUCUUCUUCACCUUGAUCAUGUUCUUCAGCAGUCCAUGGAUCGGGGUCAGCAGGAUCUGGGAUUUAUUCUCCAUCUAACUAACUCCUGGGAGUCCUCGGAGAGCAGUGUCAGCCCUGUGUUCGGCACCAACUUCACCUCCUGACGUUUUUCCUACUUCUUUCGAUGAUCAGUCAGUUUGCUUUGAAAUGUCGCCUGCUCCAAAGGCUGACUAACAGCCAGGGGAUUCUAUUUGUAGCUGCAGCAGCUCCUGGAGACUAACUCUGAAGAGGGGCCUGUCUUUGAGAAGGGGCUUCAUCAGCCCCCAGUGGAGGCGAUCACUCGCACCCGGAAAAUCACAGAUCCCGGAAGGGUCCAAGUCUGCAGAGCUGCUGUUGGUGGAAACCUUAGCAUCCUCGAAGUAACUUGUCCAAGGUCACAUGGUUGGUCAUUAGCAGAGUUGAGACUAGAAAGCCUAAAAUGUCAAAUAGUGUCAGUCAUUUAAAGAGUUAAAUAUGUAUUCACAAACUCUAAGCUUGUGCUUAUGAAAGCUCAUUAAAGGACCUCUUGUUUUGA